AUGGUCUUAAUGGGAUAUUUCGAGUGUGGAUUUAUAUUUUUCUUUUCUUUGCUGGAUUCUGCGUCUGCUCAAAUCGUCUAUUCCGUACCGGAAGAGGUAAAUAAAGGGACAGUUGUUGGGAAUAUAGCGAAAGACCUGAACAUAAAUGUUCAUGAACUGGAAUCUCGUAUGCUUGAGAUUGUGACUGGAUCAAAUAAGAAGUAUUUUGACGUAAAUCUGAAAACUGGCGUUCUGUUUGUUAAUGACAGAAUUGACCGUGAUGAGUUAUGCGUGUCGAUUAAUAGUGAGAACAUUCCCUACUCUGCUGAAGCGGGAUACUUUGUAGCCAAGAUCAGAGCUGUUGAUGCUGACUCUGGAUAUAACGCACUUCUGUCUUAUCAUCUAACUGAACCCAAAGGAACGAAUCUCUUCCGCAUUGGAAGCAGCACUGGAGAAAUAAAGACAAAGAGACGAAUGAGUGACAAUGACUUAAAAACUCACCCACUUCUUAUCACAGUGUCUGAUAAUGGAGAGCCAUCACUCUCAGCGACUAUGUCCAUGGAUGUUAUGGUUGUUGAGAGUCUGGAUGACAUAAAGACAUCAUUCAGAGAAGUUCCUGUUAAAGAAGAGAGUUUUUCAGAUCUGAAUCUGUAUCUGCUCAUCGCUAUUGUCUCAGUCUCAGUCAUCUUUUUACUGAGUCUCGUGGGGUUGAUAGCAGUUAAGUGCUACAGGACAGACGGCAGUUUCAGCAGAAAAGUGUCCGCUGAUGAUUCAGACACUGGUGAAAACGCAGAACUUUCAUAUUCACUGUUAGACAGUUCCAGCUCCAGUGUUCCUAUAAUCACACUGAUAAAUAUAAACUCUUUGAGUGGAGAACUAUUCAGUUUGCAAUCAUUUAAUCACGAAGAAACGAAAAGAUUUCAGAUUCAAGUUAUGGCAACAGAUUCCGGUGUUCCUCCUCUGAGCAGUAAUGCCACUGUAAAUGUAUUUAUUCUGGAUGAGAAUGACAACAGUCCGGUUAUUUUACCGCCUUAUUCUGAACCUGGAUCAGUUAAUAGUGAGAACAUUCCCUACUCUGCUGAAGCGGGAUACUUUGUAGCCAAGAUCAGAGCUGUUGAUGCUGACUCUGGAUAUAACGCACUUCUGUCUUAUCAUCUAACUGAACCCAAAGGAACGAAUCUCUUCCGCAUUGGAAGCAGCACUGGAGAAAUAAAGACAAAGAGACGAAUGAGUGACAAUGACUUAAAAACUCACCCACUUCUUAUCACAGUGUCUGAUAAUGGAGAGCCAUCACUCUCAGCGACUAUGUCCAUGGAUGUUGUGGUUGUUGAGAGUCUGGAUGACAUAAAGACAUCAUUCAGAGAAGUUCCUGUUAAAGACGAGAGUUUUUCAGAUCUGAAUCUGUAUCUGCUCAUCGCUAUUGUCUCAGUCUCAGUCAUCUUUUUACUGAGUCUCGUGGGUUUGAUAGCAGCUAAGUGCUACAGGACAGACGGCAGUUUCAGCAGGUACAGCGCUCCAGUGAUCAGCACACAUCCAGACGGCAGCUGGUCCUUCUCUAAAUCCACACAACAGUACGACGUGUGUUUCAGUUCAGACACAAUAAAGAGUGAUGUAGUAGUGUUUCCUGUACCAGCCCAAGCUGUAGAUGGCGAGUUGAUAAGCAUAAGUGAAGCAGAUACUUUCUCGCUAACACAAACUCUACCAAAAGAUAUGGAGUGGUGUAAUUUCGUUCCGAAAGCAUCAUGUGUUUCUAUGGAUUUGGAAAUGGAAUACUCCUGUUAUGGCAUAAUUUCAGCACGUGGUGUCACUGCAGACCGUCAGUUAAAGGUUUAUAGACUAGCCUACUCUAAUACCAAGGUUCUGAGACCGAAGCUUCAGUGUAUCUGUCGUUGA